UCUUUAUAAUAACAAAGUAAUGGGGUAAUUUCCGCCUUCCAUCUUCUCUUCUUGGCUCUGUGCAUUUUUCACCUCGAAAGCCGAAGCUCCGUCUCCCUCGCCUUCGAUCAGAUCCCUCUACUGCGUGCAAUGGCAAAUCGAUGGCUGAGACCUGAGGUAUAUCCCCUUUUCGCUGCCGUAGGGGUUGCCGUGGGGAUCUGCGGGUUCCAGUUGGUACGCAAUAUCUGCAUCAAUCCUGAAGUCAGAGUGACCAAGGAGAACAGGGCUGCUGGUGUCUUGGAGAACUUUUCUGAAGGAGAAAAAUAUGCCGAGCAUUUUCUGAGGAAGUUUGUCCGCAACAGGGCCCCUGAAAUUAUGCCAUCCAUCAACAGCUUCUUUGCCGAUCCAAAAUAAGGUUGGCUGCCUUACGUGAGAAUAUUAGCAUGUCUAAUACCAACAGUAAUGUGUGUGCCCUUUACUAAGCCUUGGACGUUUUCAACAGAGAUUUGUGUUGGAUUUUAUUUGUACUCAUGGUCAAACUGGAAUAAGUUGCUGGUUGAAUUGAAUUUUAUCUUGAAUAUAUUUUGAGUUGGUUGAGAAAUUGAGAUGAGAUGGUCGGUUUUGUUCUGGAACA